AUGCUCUGUAUCAAUACACGUCGAGGCUUGUUCAACUACAAUCGACAGCCAUUCGGGGUCAAAUCUGCUCCAGGAUGUUUUCAACAAGUCAUGGAUGCAAUGAUCACUGGACUGGACGGACCCGCGGCCUACCUUGAUGACAUCAUCAUAACCGGGUCGACAAUCGAACAGCACAAUUCACGACUGAAAUCAGUGUUCAAGCGAAUCUACAACUAUGGAUUCCGCGUCAAACUGGAAAAAUGCACAUUCCUAAUGCCGAGAAUCACAUUCCUCGGAUUCUGCAUCGACAAAGAUGGCAGACGACCGGAUCCCGAAAAGGUGACUGCGAUUCAGCAGAUGCCUGAACCGAAAAACGACAGUCAAGUCCGCUCAUUUCUAGGACUCAUACAGUUCUACGGCACCUUCAUUAAGGAAUUAUUCAAAUUCCGUCCACCACUGGAUGCAUUAACUAAGAAAGAUGCUGAAUUCAAAUGGACUUCUGAAUCGCCGAUCAUCGUGUGA